AAAUGGUAAAGGUAGCAGCGAGAGUGGUCUUCACUGCCCUCUUGCUUCUCCUAGCGAGCUAGCAAGUACUCCGUAGUCCGUAGUGGGCGCCCGCUCCCAACCGAGAGGAGGAGCGGUCCAAGGCGAGGAGCUAUUUCCCACUCCCACCUCGCAUUGUUUCAAAUUUCUCGAAUCGGUCCUCGGGGGCAGCCGCGCUGCCGCCGGCGAGGAGUCUCUCUUGGUCAAAAAGUGAGGGCUUUGCUGCAAGCUCACCGGCGCCGGAGGAGGAGGGCGUGAGAGGAGAGGAGAAGGGGAAAGGGGGAGGCGGAGCAGUGGUGGAGGUGUGAAAAGGCACCGGCCAUGGACACCGCGCGGGGGGUCGCGUGCCUGCUCGUGGCGGUGAUCUGCCUGUCCUGCGCCGCGGCUGCCGCCGCGAGGUCGCCGGCGGCGAGGAUGCACCGGCACCUCAAGCGGCUUAACAAACCGGCCGUGAAGACCAUCGAGAGUCCAGACGGGGACAAAAUAGAUUGCGUGCACAUCUCACACCAGCCAGCGUUUGAUCACCCUUUCCUUAAGAACCACACUAUCCAGAUGAGGCCGAACUAUCACCCUGAGGGCCUGUACGACGAGUCCAAGAGCAAUGUAGCCUCCAGCAGCAACGGGGAGAAGCCUAUGCUUCAGCUCUGGCAUCAGAAUGGGAGGUGUCCUGAGGGCACCGUCCCAAUCAGGAGAACGAAGAAGGGCGACUUGCUCAGGGCAAGCUCAAUGCGGCGGUACGGCAGGAAGCGGCACACCGUUGCGAACCCUAUGUCCGUCAAUCCUACAAUGCUCAAUGAGGGCGGUCAUCAACAUGCGAUAGCGUACGUUCAAGGUGACAAGUACUACGGUGCGAAGGCGACCAUCAAUGUGUGGGAGCCCAAGAUCGAGCAGCCUAACGAGUUCAGCUUGUCCCAGCUCUGGAUCUUGGGGGGAUCAUUCGGUGAAGAUCUUAACAGCAUCGAGGCUGGUUGGCAGGUUAGUCCGGACCUGUACGGGGACAACAACACAAGGCUAUUCACGUACUGGACCAGUGAUGCGUACCAAGCAACGGGGUGCUACAACAUACUGUGUUCAGGGUUCGUUCAGAUUAACAGCGAGAUUGCCAUGGGAGCCAGCAUCUCUCCAACCUCAAGCUACUCUGGCUCCCAAUAUGAUAUCAGUAUACUGAUCUGGAAGGACCCAAAAGAGGGCAACUGGUGGAUGCAAUUUGGCAAGGAUUAUGUUCUCGGCUACUGGCCGUCCUUCCUCUUCUCCUACCUCGCCGACAGUGCGUCAAUGGUCGAGUGGGGCGGGGAGGUGGUGAACUCGCAGCCCGACGGCAUGCACACGUCGACGCAGAUGGGCAGCGGGCACUUCCCAGCUGAAGGGUUCAGCAAGGCGAGCUACUUCAAGAACAUACAGGUGGUGGACAGCACGAACAACCUGAAAGCCCCCAAGGGGGUGGGCACAUUCACCGAACAGUCGAACUGCUACGACUUGCAGAACGGUAACAAUGGCGACUGGGGCACGUACUUCUACUAUGGAGGCCCUGGUAGGAGCUCGAACUGCCAAUAACUCGAACACCCUGAGGAAGUGUGUAACCAUUCAAGUGUAAUACACCAUCUGCGGCAGUUUUCUCUUAGCUCUAGAUAGUUGUCAUGUGAAUGGGCCCUGUGCUGCUUCGUAGUUUUUCUAUUGAGUUUUUCUUUUUCUUGUUAGUAUCAGGCUUCUGAAGAGAAGCAUGGCAUGUGGUGGUGAUGGCGUUAUGGUGGCCUACCUACUUUUCCAUUAUGGUAGAUUCACUUGUCUUUCUGGUUAUUGGCUAUGCUUUCUGGUCACUGUUUUCGCCUCUGAAUGUCGGUGUGGCGCACCGAAAGGUGGAAUGGACAGAAUUCACAUUUAUUAGUUCA